AUGUGCCACUUUCGGUCUCCUCACACUGCUGCCAGGUCCAUACUGAUUCAUGGCCCCCUGCCUCUGUAUGGCCUUCAAUUUAAGCUGCUUACGCUUCGCCACUCUGCCAUGGGCCCCUGUACCGCCUCCUCUUGCUGCUGCCAGGUCCAGAGUGUGUCAUGGGUCCCUCUACGGCCUCCCAUUGCUGCUGACUUCAUCGCCAGACUCUGCCAUGUGCCACUUUCAGGUCUCCUUACACUGUUGGUGGGUUCCAUUUUGUGAUAGGGUGCUGUAUGGCCUUCCAUUGCUGCUGCCUCCACCGCCACCCUGCGCCAUGUGCCUC